UCUCCUCCCAGGUCACCCAGCUGGCAGCGUUUGAACCCUGCUCUGCUGCCCUCAGAACUCUGAGUGGGCUGCGUGCGCCGCGGCCUCUGAGCUCUGUGGUUCACAGAACCGGGGGCCAGGCGGCCUCUCUGCAGCCGUGCCCUGUCCCUCCCUCUGGCAGGAUCUUCACCAAGGUUGUGCUGGAGGCGCCCCUGAUCACGGAGAGUGCCCUGGAGGUGAUUCGCAAGUACUGCGAGGAUGAGAGUCGCACCUACCUGGGCAUGUCCACCCUCCGAGACCUGAUCUUCAAGCGCCCGUCCCGCCAGUUCCAGUACCUGCACGUCCUGCUGGACCUCAGCUCCCAUGAGAAGGACAAGGUGAUUCUCCACCGUCCCGGGCCCUUCCCGUCCUGAGGACCCAGCCUGCUCCCAUCACAGUCCCCUGGGAGGUGCCCUUCUUGCAGCAGUUCUUGGGUGGUGGUUGUGUUUCCACGUAUGAUGUCAUGAAGCUGUUAG